CCCUAGCAAGGGAGGAUGAAUGAAAGCGUCAGAAAAGAGAAAAUAGCGACGGCCCCUGGCGAGACAGGGCUCAAUGAGCGAGAAAGAGACGCCGCGGGUCUCCCGGCCAAUGGCUGCCGGCCGUGCUCGGAGAGGGCGGAGCCUGGGCGCGUCCUCUCUCUCUCUGCGGGAAAUUGCGCUGGGUGCCGCCGCCGCGAGUUCUCCGCGUCUCCGGCUGGCCGGCGCGGGGGAGCUGCAGCUGGUCGCCGCUGUCGGCGGGGCGAAGGCGCGUGUCCCGGGGGAGCCGCCGGUUCGAGGCCGCGGCAGGAGAGGCGCCCGCGCGGCCUGGGCGGGGUGUCCGGGGCUGCUUCCUCCUGCUCGGCCGGGGCUCCCCGCUGCUCCGCCUCCGCCAUGGCUGCAGCCGGGGGCGGCGGGGCGGGGACCCCCAAGGCGCUGCCUUCCUCCGGCCCCAAGUCCCUGCGGGAGAUGCCGCACCCGCUGGCCGCCUCCAGCAGCGACGAGGCCGGCGCCGACCUCACGCCCAGCCCGGACUUGCAGCUGCCGCGCAGCAUCGCCGACAAGGAUCUCAGUUUGCCCAACGGUACUCCUGUAGACACGUCUAGCCCAGCUUCCUCCUCCUCUCUCCUCAACAGAUUGCAAUUGGACGAUGACUUGGAUGGGGAAAUGAGAGACCUCUUCGUCACUGUUGAUGAUCCAAAAAAGCAUGUCUGCACUAUGGAAACUUACAUCACGUACAGGGUCACGACCAAGACCACGCGAGCAGAAUUUGAUUUGCCAGAGUAUUCCAUGCGCAGAAGAUACCAGGAUUUUGAUUGGCUGAGAAAUAAACUUGAGGAGUCUCAGCCAACUCAUCUCAUUCCCCCCCUUCCAGAGAAGUUUGUGGUUAAAGGAGUCGUUGACCGCUUUUCAGAAGAAUUUGUUGAAACACGGAGGAAAGCCUUAGAUAAAUUUUUGAAAAGGAUUGCUGAUCAUCCGGUGCUCUCUUUCAAUGAACAUUUUCAUGUGUUUCUUACUGCCAAAGAUCUUAACGCUUACAAAAAGCAAGGGAUGGCUCUGCUUUCCAAGAUGGGCGAAUCGGUGAAAUACGUCACAGGAAGCUAUAAACUAAGAAGUCGGCCGUUGGAGUUUGCCGCCAUCGGAGACUAUUUAGAUACCUUUUCUAUGAAGCUGGGGACCAUUGAUAGAAUAGCACAGCGGAUCAUUAAGGAAGAAGUGGAAUAUCUGGUGGAACUUCGGGAGUAUGGACCUGUUUACUCAACCUGGAGUGGGUUAGAAAGAGAACUGUCCGAACCUCUGGAGGGGGUGUCCGCCUGCAUUGGGAACUGCUGUACGGCUCUUGAGGAACUGAGUGAAGAUAUGACAGAGGAUUUCCUACCUGUUCUCAGAGAGUACAUUCUUUACGCAGAGUCCAUGAAGAAUGUCUUGAAGAAAAGAGAUCAGGUUCAAGCAGAAUACGAAGCCAAACUAGAAGCAGUUGCUCUGAAAAGGGAAGACCGACCCAAGGUGCCCACAGAUGUUGAAAAGUGCCAGGACCGAGUAGAAUGCUUCAAUGCGGACUUGAAGGCUGAUAUGGAAAGAUGGCAAAACAACAAACGUCAAGACUUCAGGCAGCUACUGAUGGGGAUGGCAGAUAAAAACAUCCAAUAUUAUGAGAAGUGCCUUACGGCGUGGGAAUCUAUUAUACCACUCUUGCAAGAGAAACCUGAGACCAAAUAAGAAGCCGCCCUUCUCUCCCCCCCUCCCCCGCACACGAUGGACCUCUGACCAAGUGCACAGUACCACUGGAGACACACCUUUGCACGAUUUUGUGUGAUUUUUCUCUUCCCCUUCCCAACUUCCAGAUGAAUCGUUGCCUGUGCUGAAUCUUGGGACAGACUAACUUGUGGUAGCUUUCAGGUCCACGUUUUUGCCCACCUUUUUAUCAAACCACCUGAGUUGGCCUAUGAGGUGAUCCCUUCCUUGGCUGAUGGGCAGAUGGCUACACAGGGAUUUAUUCUUCUCUUGGACCAGUUUAUAUUGAAUGAAGCUGCUCAGUGGAACACUAAAAUAAUAAUAAAAACCUCUUAAAUGCAA